UUUAAUCUCUUCCAUCUCUAAAAUCUUGUAUACAUUGACAUAACCCCACUGAAGUAGUUCUCUCCAAAGUUGAAACAACCCAACUCUUUUCUUUGGUUUUUGUUUACAUUUAUGGCUCAAUUCACAGCGCAAGGUCGUUUAAACCUGCUUUUCAAUGGUGAUGGAGCGUCAUUUGGUGUGGAAACAAGAGAACCUUUUCACUUUUCUUUCAGUGAGAAGCAAUCGAGACUGUUCAAUGUAGAGACGAGUAUUAAUGUGAGUGAUGCAGGGAUUCAUGAUGAAAGCGAAGAGUAUGACGGUGAUUUUGAGACUGAUGACUUGGCUUGUUUUAGAGGACUGGUUUUGGAUAUCUCUUAUAGGCCAGUCAAUGUUGUCUGCUGGAGGCGUGCUAUUUGUUUGGAGUUCAUGGAGAAGGCUGAUGUUCUUGAAUACUAUGAUCAGACUGUAAACUCCCCGAGUGGAUCCUUCUACAUACCAGCUGUGUUAAGGGUUCCACAUCUGUUGCAGGUUGUUCAAAGAAGAAGAAUCAAAAACACCCUUAGCCGUAAAAAUAUACUAUAUCGGGACAACUACACUUGCCAGUAUUGUUCUGCACGUGAGAACUUAACCAUUGAUCAUGUUCUGCCAAUCGCCCGAGGAGGAGAAUGGAAAUGGGAAAAUCUGGUUGCUGCUUGUGCCAAAUGCAACACAAAAAAAGGUGUAAAAACUUUAGAGGAAGCAAAUAUGAAGCUACUUAAGGUCCCAAAGGUACCAAAGGACUAUGACAUACUUGCCAUACCCUUAACAAGUGCAGCAAUAAGAAUGCUUAGGAUAAGGAAGGGGACUCCUGAAGAAUGGCGUCAAUAUCUACCAAACGAGUCGUGACAUCCCUCAUUUGGGGUCGUUGUUGUACAUUCCUAUACUUUGUACAUACUGUAUCUAAAUCUUCUUGACAGGGCUGAAAAACAUAUGCAGCUCAUAGUCCAUAUAAUGCCCUAACUUGGCCAAAUGGUUAAUUUGAAAUAGAAUGGUAGAUACUUAUCUAUGCCCUUUCUUUCUUCUUGAUUUAGACUUC